AAUUUAAGACGAGUGGUGGGUUUCUAAAAAAGGGCAGGUUUUGGACGUGAGCAGCAAUGUUUGGUGACGUUGUUUGAACAGCUCUCUUGUCGGAGGGCGCUCAGCCUCAUAAGUGCGUAGGUUUUCUGCGCGUCCAGGGGUUUUUGCAGCAAAGUGCGUGUUUUUGGUCGUUUUUUGUUAUUGUUGUGGCUUUUUUUUUUUUUUUUUUUGCACCUGCGUGAAAGCUACGCCGAAAUGUGGAUGUUUACGACGUGAAGUGACUCCGGGAAGGGGGUUUGGUUUGGUCCUGGAGAGGGGUACAAUAUUGUUCCAGUCAUGAGAAAAGCUGACAAAACUGCAAAUCUGGGCUUGUACUGAAGAAAGAGAGAGGGAGACGUCUAACACCAACAGAUUUUUUACAGGAAAACAGUGUGUCUCAUGGCCUGAAGUCAAGCUGCUGAGGAUUAAAUGCUGAAGAUCCCAUUGUCAUCGAGGGUUUCAUAUGAACAUAUUUACUGUAAGGUCUAGCUGGCCAAUGCCGGGGCCGUGGAGGACGACUGGUGGCGGUAGUAGCAGUGGUGCUGUGUGACUGAGGUCCCCGGUGCCUAGGCAACAAUGCCGUCGUCCACACGGAAAGGAGUGCCGAAGGAUCCUGAACUGGCCGACCUCUUCUUCAAAGAUGACCCGGAGGACGUCUUCUGCGACCUGCACGAGAUUGGACAUGGCAGCUUCGGAGCAGUAUAUUUUGCACGUAACUCUUACUCUAACGAGGUGGUGGCCAUCAAAAAGAUGUCCUAUAAUGGCAAGCAGACUACCGAAAAGUGGCAGGACAUCAUUAAGGAAGUCAAAUUUUUGGAACAGCUGCGACACCCAAACACAAUCGAGUACAAAGGCUGCUACUUGAAGGACAACACUGCCUGGCUGGUCAUGGAGUACUGUCUGGGCUCUGCAUCAGAUUUACUAGAGGUGCAUAAGAAACCACUCCAAGAGAUGGAAAUUGCUGCCAUUACCCACGGUGCCUUGUUAGGACUGGCUUACCUACAUUCCCAUACUAUGAUUCACAGAGACGUGAAAGCUGGUAACAUCCUGCUUACUGAGCUGGGUCAAGUGAAACUUGCCGACUUUGGCUCCGCCUCCAUUGCCUCACCUGCCAACUCCUUCGUCGGAACACCUUACUGGAUGGCCCCAGAGGUGAUCUUAGCCAUGGACGAGGGUCAGUACGAGGGGAAAGUGGACAUCUGGUCCCUGGGGAUCACGUGUAUUGAACUAGCGGAACGUAAACCACCAUUGUUCAACAUGAAUGCAAUGAGUGCCUUAUAUCACAUCGCACAGAACGACUCGCCCACGCUGCAGUCAAAUGAGUGGUCUGACACCUUCCGGAGCUUUGUUGACUAUUGCCUACUAAAAAUUCCUCAGGACAGACCCUCAUCAGGGGAGCUGCUACGACAUGAUUUUGUGCGUCGGGAACGCUCGCCACGCAUUCUCAUUGACCUCAUCCAGAGGACCAAGGAUGCAGUGCGUGAGCUGGACAACCUGCAGUACCGCAAGAUGAAGAAGAUUCUUUAUCAGGAGAAACACAACGGACUCAUGGGAGAAAGCCAGGAGGAGGAGGAGGACAGCGAGGCGGCCAGCUGUAAGAUGAACAGCCUGGGCAGCAACCACUCCAUCCCCAGCACCUCCGUCAGCACGGGCAGCCAGAGCAGCAGUGUGAACAGCAUGCAGGAGGUGCUGGACGACAGCUGCUCUGACAUGACCAUGAUGCACCCACAGGACUACAGCAGCACCCUGGACUCCGCCGCACACACCAAAAAGGACCACCAGUAUAACUGGGAUGACGGCCUCCACAGAGACCACAGACCAGAGUUGAGACCGGCCUCCUCCGACAAGAGCAGUCAGGCCCAGAGCUACAAAAACCAGGGCCACUUCUCCACCAUCAAGUCCGCCUCACUGGUGACCAAACAGAUCCACGAGCAUGAGCAGGAAAGUGAGCUGCGGGAGCAGAUGUCGGGCUACAAGCGCAUGCGGCGGCAGCACCAGAAGCAGCUGAUCGCCCUGGAGAACAAGCUGAAGGCGGAGAUGGACGAGCACCGGCUCAAGCUGCAGAAGGAGGUGGAGACGCAGGCCAACAACGCUUACAUCGAGCUGGAGAAGCUGGCCAAGCGGCACGCGGUGCACACCGACAAAGAGAUGAAGACGACGCUCACGGAUGAGAAGAAGUUCCAGCAGCAGAUCGUGGCGCAGCAGAAGAAGGAGCUGACCACUUUUCUGGAUAAUCAGAAGAAGCAGUACAAACUCUGCAAGGAGAAGAUUAAGGAGGAGAUGAACGAAGACCACAGCACACCCAAGAAGGAGAAGCAGGAGCGUCUGUCCAAGCACAAGGAGAACAUGCAGCAUUCGCAGGCCGAGGAGGAGGCCCAUCUCCUGAACCAGCAACGGGUCUUCUACGACAGGAACUGCCGCGGCUUCAAGCGCAAAGUCAUGAUCAAGAAGCAUGACGUGGAGCAGGAACAGCUACGUGAGGAGCUGAACAAGAAGAAGACCCAGAAAGAGAUGGAGCACGCCAUGUUGAUCCGUCACGACGAGUCCACGCAGGAGCUGGAGCACCGGCAGCUGAAGACGCUGCAGAAGCUGCGGAUGGACCUGAUCCGCCUGCAGCACCAGACGGAGCUGGAGAACCAGAUCGAGUACAACAACAGACGGGAGCGGGAACUCCACCGCAAGCACGUGCUGGAGCUCCGGCAGCAGCCCAAGAACCUCAAAGUGUUGGAGCUGCAGAUAAAGAAGCAGUUCCAGGACACGUGUAAGGUACAGACCAAACAGUACAAGGCCCUGCGCCACCACCAGAUGGAAGUCACGCCUAAGGCCGAGCACAAGACGGUGCUGAAGGCCCUGAAGGAUGAGCAGACACGCAAGCUGGCCAUCCUGGCCGAACAGUACGAGCAGAGCAUCAACGAGAUGAUGGCCUCGCAGGCGCUGCGUCUGGACGAGGCCCAGGAAGCCGAGUGUCAGGCCCUGAGGCAGCAGCUGCAGCAGGAGAUGGAGCUGCUCAAUGCCUACCAGAGCAAGAUCAAGAUGCAGACCGAGGCGCAGCACGAGCGCGAGCUGCAGAAGCUGGAGCAGAAGGUGUCGCUGCGCCGGGCUCACCUGGAACAAAAGAUCGAAGAGGAGCUGGUUUCCCUUCAGAAGGAGCGAACCGACCGGAUCAAACACCUGCUGGAGCGCCAGGAGCGGGAGAUCGACAGCUUCGACAUGGAGAGCAUGCGGCUGGGCUUCGGCAACCUGGGUACCCUGGACUUUGCCAAGGACGACUACAGAUGAGGCGGGUCGCGCCGCCGCCGUCUCUCGUGGCCCCCGGGCAGGUGAUCCGCCUCGGAGCGCCGGCCCUCUCCUCCGACCUGACGGUGCAGGUGCUCCCUGCCGCUGACGCCGUCACACAAACACGCAGACGCAUUAAAAACCAGCCCCACAGCCGGCUCCAGUGAGACCUCCGGACCGGUCCGACGGGGUCCGACGGCAGGGCCGACCGCCCACAAACCCACCUGUACCCCCCACCCACCCUCCUCGCCUCUCGUGGUGUCACAAGAUGACCAAAAAGAAAAAAUGAUUGCUGGAUGACUUCCUGUUAAGUGUCAUGUUUUUAUAAGAAUAAUGAGUCAGUGUUUUCGUUUCUUGUGCAAUGAUGACACUUUUGUGCGACUAGAAGUGGAAAUGGAGAGGAGGGAGAGCAAACGAGGGCGGUUUGAGGAGGGAAAUCGCUCCGCAGCCACACAUCCUCCGAGGUGAUUUGGUCUUAAAACUGAUCCAGCUACGAAUCCUUCUGCAGCCGCUCAUCUGCGCUGCCUCUCUCAACGCUUUUCUGUAUUUAUUCAUCAGGAUUUUUUUAGGACAAAUUUGAAUAAUUUGAUACUUUGAGAGACAAAUUUCACAAUGUACAUACAGGUACGCUGAUAAUAAAUGUGAUUCCGUCGGGGGGAUUUGAUUACUGAGGGAUGUCUGAAUCAUCUUACUCGAUGUGUGUGUUGUAGUGAUUCUUCUGCACUGGCAGCCGACGUAAAACUAAACCAUGUGACAUGUGAACUCCCAGCUAGCACAAAGGGCUUCACGGGGAGGGCAGGGGGACUUGUACUUUGUCUAAAGAUGGAUUUAUGGAGAGCUUUUACUUAUUUUCAUAUUGUAUUUUAACUGUCACACAAAUCAGAAGAGAAUUUUUAAAAGUGCUUUUUCCCCCUCCCUCAGACACUGAUAGUCAUUUAUUAUUGGAAACCUUUUUUUUUUUUCUCCCCCUCUUUUUUGCUUUACACAAUUCUCAAGUUGUGUAUUUCUUAUAAACCGGAGCAGUAUGAUGCUUUAUUGUUGCAUGCACUUUAUUUUAUUUUUUUUCCAGGUUUAAAGAAAGCAUGAAUCUGUCAGAGCUUUUAAUUAUAUUUGUAAAUAAAGUGCUCAUCACACAAAAUAA